GGGGAGGUGGUCGUUAGGAUGAUUUGAGGUGCCUGGAGUGACGGCCGUCCUGGACUCCUUAGUUCCGGACCUGCUGCCCAAACAUUAUUGCUGCUUAACCUGCAUUAUCUUCAGAGAUCAACUUGACUUUUUGUCAGUUUUUGCAGCACCAUGUGAGGUUAAAGAGUAGCUGGGCCAGCACUUCUUGGCCACUCUCACUGGGACUCUUGCUGGCCACCCAACUACCACCAUGGAGGAGACCAUUGGACCUUUCACCUUCACCUCAAAUUUUGAGUGUGGAAACCUGGCCAGGGCAGAGAGAGUGGAGCCACCAGGAAGUGCCCACUCCAGUGGCCAAGGUUCCUUACUCAGUAGCAGCCGCAAGACUCACAAGGCUGCCUCAUCCUCUUCCUCCUCCUCUUCCUCUGCCUCCUGUCAGUCAUCAGUGGAACCCCUACCAGUCAAUUAUGAAUACAAUCUGUGGACGCGUCCUGACUGUGCCGGAACUGAGUAUGAGAACAACAAUCGAACGUGGUUCUUCUUUGGCAUUAAAGGAGGAAGUAUUGGGAACCGAGUGCGUCUGAAUGUGAUGAACCUGAAUAAGCAGACCAAGUUGUUCUCACAAGGCAUGCAGCCGGUGGUGCAGUGUGUGUCCAGCAUCCGGCCACCCCGCUGGGAGCGCAUCAAGGAGAAGUGCAGCUACAGGAGUGAGGACAGCAGCACUGUCAUCUCGUGGGUGCACACAGUGAACGAUGCCUCUGCCACCACUCACUAUGCAUUCACCUAUCCCUACACCUACUCAGAGGUGCAGACGGUGCUGGAAGGGCUGGACCGUCGCUUCCCAGCCGGCUCCCCAAGCCUCUAUUAUCACCGUGAACUGCUUGCCUACUCCCUUGAUCGCUGGAGGGUUGAUCUCCUGACUGUCAGUUCUCACAGUGGACGAGCCAAUGAGAGGGAGGACCGGCUGCCUGGCCUCUUUCCAGUCCCGGGCCAGCUGAGGCCACACCGUUUUCCUGGUAAAAAGGUGGUCUUCAUCUCAGCCAGAGUCCACCCCGGCGAGACAUCCUCCAGUUUUGUGCUCAACGGCUUCCUCAACUUCAUAGUGUCUGGGGACCCGCGGGCAGAGCGACUGCGUGACUUGUUUGUAUUUAAGGUCAUCCCGCUGCUGAACCCAGACGGUGUGGUGCGCGGUCACUACCGCACCGACCAGCGGGGCGUCAAUCUCAACCGGGUGUACAUUGACCCUUCGCCAGCUCUUCACCCCACCAUCCAUGCUGCACGUCAGGUCAUCCUCUACCACCACCAUGGCCACCUCUCUCCCACCUCAUCAGAGACCAGUCCUCUCUCUACUGGUACCUCAGACUCCACUGACCCUGCUACUACAACCACCACCACCACUUCAGAGUCCACUGAGGGCACAGACACCUCUGUGGGGGAGACCAAGAGGCCGGCAGUACUGGUGAUGGAUGAGGACACAUGCCACAGCUUCAGUGAUGUUCAGUCUGGCCGGGCCGGGGGUGCUGGAUGUGGGGGACGGGUGCGAGGAGUGUCCCUCAUGGAGCUGGAUGAGCCUUCAGCCUCUGGAUGGGACAUAUCUAACAGUGCAGCUGGUGCAUCACUGCCGCGUGGUGCUGCAUCUGACUUGCACGAUGACUGUUCUAAUGUUUCUGGUGUGAGUGAGGCAGAGACGGGCGUCACUGCCAUGUUUGGCUCACUGUCUGCUGUCAGUGACUUUUCAAACCUGUUGCCAGGCAGGGCAAGUGGAGACAGUGGCACUUCUCCAGGUGGGGUUGAGGGUGGGACAGCUGGCAGCAAAUCACGAGAUCUCUUCCUCAAAGAUUUCCACAAGGAAGAGAGUGAAUGUGCUUUCCUUGGCUGUUUUCCCAAGCCAGCUCAAGUAGCAGACAAGACUGUAAACCCUUUCAGUGGUGUGAGUGAAUCUAGUCAACAAGCACAGGUAAAGGGAGGUGUCCCAGCAGGAAAGGAGGCACAAGAUAAGAGAGAUCUGAGUGUUGGGCUGCAGCACAAGACUGUAAUGAAGUCAGGCUCUCCUCCCACUCCUGUGUUGACACGGGUGGGUGGCCGGGAAGGCUGUGGGGUGGCUAGCAGCAGUGAGAGUGAGGCAGAGUGUGGCAGACCAGGCAGAGAAAGUGAGGUUGCCAGAGGGGGAUGCUUAGCAGGACCUCUUCACCUCACUACAGAGGAAUUUCCUCCUGCCCUCACUCCUCCAACUCCAAUACCAGAGGAAACCAAAGUCACUUCUGGUCUCUUUCUCUAUGUUGAUCUACAUGGACAUGCCUCCAAGAAAGGUAUCUUCAUCUAUGGAAACUGGUAUGAAGACCCCGCCGUGAUGGUGGAAAACAUGCUGUUUCCAAAGCUCCUCGCUGUCAAUUGCCCUAACUUUGACUUUUCUGCUUGCAACUUCUCUGAAAGAAACAUGUAUCUCAAGGACCGGAGGGAUGGCAUGAGCAAGGAAGGGUCAGGCCGGGUGGCCAUCAUGAGGGCCACGGGGCUACUCCGCUCCUACACUCUGGAGUGCAACUACAACACAGGCAGGAUCCACAAUCCAACUCCUCCCUCACCCCUAGAUCACAAAAAGUCUCCCCCAAGCCCACUCACCAUCCCGCCCAAGUACACGCCAGCUGUGUUUGAAGACUGUGGACGACAGCUGGGCGUGAGUCUUCUGGACCUGGUGGGAGGUGGGUGUGAAUGGUCACGCUUGCCCCAGUCACAGUACGGCAGCCUAGCUGGAGUAAGGACAUGGCUCCACCAUUUUCUCACUUCCUCUGCCCUCUCUCCCCGCAACCAACUGGCUGGCCAGCAAACACCCCGUGCUAACACAUCCCGCACCUCAAACAAGCUUGGUGUUGAAAGAUUUGGAGGGACAAGAGUAGCUGCAAGUGGCCCCAGACUUGGCCUUAGUAGACAGGGUCCUCCAAGUACUCCAGCUUCCCCCAGACUGCCUAGGACACGUGGUCAGCGGGUCCGACGACACUCUUGGUGCCUUACUGUGGAUGCAGAGAAUCAGGAGCCCCGUGAGACUUCAGAGGGACCACCAAGACCUAGACCAACUAGCGCAAAGAAGCCCAUGACGCCUGGAAGCCUUUCUCCAAGAUGCAAGCCUAAGUCCCAGAAGUUAAAAGCACCAUCACCCAUAAAAACUGGUGUGUCCCGCUCUCUCACAUUCACUGAUUUGGGGGAGAGCAGCCACAUCUCUGCUGAAAGCAAGAUGGCUAGUAGUAAGAUGACCUCAAGCAAGCACAGUCUUACUGCAUCAGUCAGUCUAACCCCAAAUCUUAAUGUAAAGCUCUCUAUCUCAGACACUCCCGAGAGCCCAAAGUUGGUCAAAAAGGUUGAGAAGAUUCGGAGACAGCGCAGCAAGGGUCUAGCUUCCGGUACUAAGAAAUUGAAGGUCUGCCCAAGCUCUAGCUCCAGUACAGAGGAAUCCAGCCUUAAGCCUAAGGAGACCUCCUUCUACAACCUGCCAAGCCUUGAGGCCAGUGAACGCAAAUGCAAUCCUCUGUCUCCCUCACAGGAGGGAUUCUAUGCUGCUGGCCAAAGCCCCUUGUCACCUCGUUCCCCACUGUCCUCAGUGUGCGAGCCUCAGGCCAGCCAGAGCAGUCCAGGACUCAGUAUCAUUACCACAGCUGCCUCCUGUGAUCUGUAUGUACAGCCAAAAUCACCAGUUGUAGUUCCAUCAACAAAAAAAGUGACCAAAGUUCUGUCCACCCCCAGUAAACGUUCCAGUAAGCACACACUCAAGUCACUCUCUAAGAGUAUGGACCGGUUACCAGCAGUGGCUGGAGCUGCAGGGGAACGCCUCAAGCUGUUGCCUAAGAAGGUGAAAAAGAAGGUGUCUGCAAGAAGUGUUACUGACCUGCCUGGCACUAUCACAUCCCAGACCAUAAAGCCAGCCACAUCCCAACCCACUUUAGAUUGGAUCAUUAGUGAACCCCCACAAACUCUUGCAUCAGACCUGGAUCCUGUGCCCCCCAAACUCAAGAAGCGCAAGAAGAGUAGCAGAAAGUCCCUUUAAGCAACGGGCUCAAAGCUUGUGAAAUUGAUGUUUUAUUUGUGAUCUGUGGGAUAAAGCUCCCAUGUAGUUUAUCUUCAUGUGUUAUCUUACCUCAAAAAAACAAUGCAUUCAUGUUGCACCUUCUGUAUUAAUGUCUAGAAUUCAUAGUUAAUGAAAUAUUUGUUGCUGACAGAAAUCACAUUUUGAUUUAUGUAGUAUGCUGUUUUCAUCUAAAUACCAGUAAUAAUUGUUUCAAGAAAUCUUCACCUCUUAGUUUUGUUAAUCACAGUCAGCAAGAAAUGAGUAAUUGUAGAUAUAGUUACUAGUGACAGUUUGAAAUAGCUACAUAGGUAACCACCCACUUAAUGCCCAUGCAAGAGGACCAGGUAAAUGAAGUGACCUCAGCUGCUGCAAGGCACUCAGGUGCUCUGUGUGGCUGGGGCAGGAUCCUUUGGGGGAAUUUGUUCUCACCUGUCCAUAGCAGAUGGAUUAUUACUACUACCAUUGUCACCAGCCACUGCAGACUCACUCACUGAGAGGGGAUGGAUGUGGCAUUGCUGAUUAUAAAAAAGAUUUAAAUGGACCAGCUAAGGGCUUCCAUGGUGACACAGUCUGGUGUCACAGAUUCCAGUCACAAAUCAUUGCAAAGACAUUACUCUGCACACUUACUAUUAACUGUUAAGGUAAUGGAGAGAUUUCAGUUAAGACUUUACAAGCACAUUUGAGAGGAAUAGCAGGUCACCAUCAGAAAGAUUUGUGCUGGUGCUGUGAAACUGUGGGUGGCUGCAUUGUAUGUGUGAAAAUUUUGUCCAAGGACAUACUAUUCCCCAAAAAAGUACUCACAUAAUCUUUAACACUGUUAUAUGAGUUGAUAUUCCUUUGGAAAUAACUUGUGGAGUAAAUGUACAUGCACUAAGAACUUCCAUGACUAUUUGACUCAAAAGCUUCUGGCUGUUACAGUGGCAACUUGCUGGCCUCAGGUCGGCAGAUGAAGUCUUGCUUGAGCUCGUGAGUUUAACCUGUUUACUGGUUACUGCUGUGGUUGGAGUGCCACACUAGGGAGUUGAGUUCAUCUGACUGACAUUCUGGAGAGCAUCAGAUGUGAUGUGUACCAGAACUAAAACCAACAAACAUUAAAAUUUAAUAAGAUUCACUCAACGUGUCUUUGUCACAUUUGAUACUCAUUAAGAGGAUAUAUGCAGGCACUACAGAAAGAAUGGACUGCUUUGGUAUGUCCACAAAAUUUCAGUGAUUAUGCUUGAUUUUUUUGAGAUGACUGUUUUAUUGAGUGAAAGCACGACAAGACUGUCAUUUAAAUCAGUGAGGACAGUGUGUUUGUGUUGCACAUUUCCUCAGUCUUUAUUUUUCUCCUUCCAAAGUUCAAGGAUCCCAUUUUAGUACCACUGUAUUGAGAUUCAUCCAAACAAUUGUAUAAGGAGGAUAUAUGUUUGUACCAAAGAAUUAAUUAUCUGGAAAUGUUAUAACUGAUAACAACAAGCAUACCACACAAGUGAUUAGCUGCACCAAAUGCCUUACUCUAAUUCUUUCCAUUAGAAAAUUAUUGAGUGAAAACAUAAUUUAUGAAUAUCCUAAGUCUUCUUUUGCCAGAGUUUAUUUCCAUAUCUUAACCUUUGGUCUUGUGGUGGGAAUGACCAAAUUUAUUGCUGUCCUGGUUCGGCACUGAUGGAGCCACAAGGUUUUCAAAAAUUAAUAGCCUCGAGUGUGGCUCUGUAAUUUUGCCUCUCAGAACACAUGGACAUGAAUAUUCAUAUUUUGUGCUUUGGUGACAACAAUAUCAAGUUAAUGCUAGACUCUGCCUUCCUCACAGUAGAGAUGCAAGCACUAGGGACAGCUGUUGCUUGCAAAGUUACAAACCUCUUUGGUUGAUGAUGCAGCCUGUCCUUCCAUGUAGUCUCUGCAUAACUCAAUAGGUUUAACAUAAACAGUAGCAUUGAAUUUAUCAAAUUCAUGUGUGGUGUAUAUAUUUAAUCUGCAGAAAAUGGACAGAUGUAACAAAUAUCCUCACUCCUUUCCCUCUUCCCACCUCAUUUAUAGUAUAGAUUAGUAAAUCAUCAGGAGAGUCAACUGGACCACAAUCAGGGCUCAUGUGUUCCUGCCUUGAUUUGUAGAGUUAGUACAAAACUUUGAUGUGUAGUUUUUGUACUCUGACCCUUGCUUUUAGGCUGUUUGUUACUAGGAAUGUAAUUUUGUAGCCUUGUUGCCAACAACACAAAUAAGUUCAUUAUGAUCUUGGUGAGGCAUGCAAUAUAUAUAUAUAUAUAUAUAUAUAUAUAUAUAUAUAUAUAUAUAUAUAUAUAUAUAUAUAUAUAUAUAUAUAUUUGUUUAUGACUGUUAGAUGCAACAUUGAAGGGUGUUAAGGGAUGAGUUUUGUGUACCACGUGGGACAAGUGACUUUGAGGCGAGUUGGCUCUGAGUUGGGCGGGGAAGAGCAGACCUUAGCUGAGUGAGAUAUGUGAUGGUGCUGAUCAUUAAAUUUUAUUUGUAAUUUUCUACGGCAAUUGACAUCUUAAGCAAUAUUUUCUUUAUCUGGUUGUUGAAUUUAUUUAUAGGUGCUCUCGAGAUCUGUAGAUAAUUCCAUUGCAUUGAUAAGGAUAAAUUCAGCAUUUGUUUAUAUUGAUAUUUGUUAUCUUUCAGAUAUUUUUUUAUGGUCAUUCGGUGGUUUAAGGAAACAGGUUAGACUGAGGUCAGUGUUUCCUGUGUGAUAAUAAUUAAUAUUAGUACUAAGUGUACACUUGCCAUUAGAGUUUUUACGCCUCAAUCUGAUGUGCCUCAAGAAAAAUUGAUGUUACUGGACAGCCUGCAACUGCUAGUGUAGCAUGCUGAGGCUACACUCCUGGGUGUGACAUUCAUGUAUCACACUGUCAAAUUUAUAAACCUUUCUGAUAGAGUUUGAUUUCAGACAUAGGUGUAAAAAAACAUUUUCUGCCAAGUGUACAUGUUUUACAUUGUACAUAAAGUUGACAAAUGACAACCCUGAAGGAAGCUUAUGACUGGUUGAGCAGUGGUGUGAUGGUGACACAUUUAUAAAGUGGUGUUCAAUAUUCUGGACCUCAACUUAUGUGACUUUAAAUGAAGAAGCUGAGUAACAUGGCUAACAAGACAGUUUGUGAUAGUUACAAAGUUGGUAUCUAUUACAGUUUAUUUUGACACCCAUGCAUUUAUAUUAGUAACCAUUAGCAAUAUCUUCCUCUUACUCCUAUAGAGUACAUAGCUUACCAAAGCAGUGUUGAAGAGAAAUCUUACAACAAAACACAAGCUAUACAGUUUGCCCUGCUCUUAGUGCCUGUGUAAACCUUUCAGAUGUGGAGCAGUUUUGAGUUAUUUUAUGUACAGCCACUAGCAUUACUACUCACAGUGAAUGACAAAUUGUAAAAAUUCAUCGUAUCAUUGUAUUGCUCAUACACAUGUUAUUAUGAGAUGAGUAAAUAAGUGUAGCCUCAGAUUCUUCAUUGUAAAGAAACUCAGUACUAAUUCUGGCAAAUCUUGUCAGCCACUUGAAUAGGUUUGAAUGCAAGUGGAUGUUUCUUGCUAAAAGUGCAGACCCACAGUGCUUGUGUUAUAAGCUCACCUGUGCAUAUUUCUUGAGUUUGUGGGAUUUGUAUCUUUUCCUUGUACCGUGAGCCACAGUAUAUUCACAGCUUUCAUGUACAUCUCUACAUCAUGUCUCAUUGUAUCUACUGAGUCUUCUAUAGCUGGUGUCACAGACUCCAUCCCUGUAAUUUUGCCACCUGAGUGCAUGCAUUUAGUCUAAAGGCAGUGUUCUCACCUGCUGAUUGGUCUAUGUAUUCUUGUCUUGCUGUGGAAUUUGUACCAGUUUUAUAUUCCUACUUAAAAAAUACUUAUAUGAUUAAGCAUACAGAUGAGAAUAAUUUAUCAUGCUAUGAAUAGAUGAGGAUUAUGGUAGGAGUACAAAGUCAAUGUACUGAAUGUUGUAAAAGAAAACAACAAUGCUUGGACCAAUCAGGAGAGAAUUUCACCCAGCGACAGUUACCACGUUUGUGUGUCCUCAGGUGACUAAUUUAUAGGGACAAUUGGUGAAACUCAGUAAACUACUUCAUUUUCUAAAAAUCUAUAUCUGUCAUCUAUGCACCCUCAACAUUCUUCAUCUAUUUUCCCACUUAAUAUGGAAUAUUUAGGUUGUCUGUUGCUUGCUUCCCUGUGGUCCUCAAGUGUGUCGUUGUCCCAAGAGUCCUGUGCACUUGUCUGCUUCGCUCCUGCAGUCCUUCAUGGAAAUGUGUCACACAAAGGGAUGAGUGAUACUGACAUGUCAGUGUUAUCACAUGAGAAAGUUUAGUGUUUAGCAGAACAGUUUGGGUUUCAAAUAACUAAUCUGACAACUGUUGGUGGUUAAAUUGCAUUUGGUAAAUUUGAAUCCAUGUGGAAUAAAGUCUACGUGAAUUAAACACUAUCUUCCAUCUUGAUGAAGAUGGCCAACAAUAAGAAUACUUGAUUUAAGAAAUGUAUAGGUGUGCAUUUAUUUUUAUAUAGUAUUGAUGUAAUGCAUACAUGUUAUCAUAUACAGAACUGAGUGUAUAUGUAAUUAUGUAUGUAUGUUUGAAAAUGUUAUAUAUAUAUAUAUAUAUAUAUAUAUAUAUAUAUAUAUAUAUAUAUAUAUAUAUAUAUAUAUAUAUAUAUAUAUAUAUAUAUAUAUAUAUAUAUAUAUAUAUAUAUAUACUUUAACUCAUGCAUAUCAUACAUCAUUAUACAGCUCACACAAAGGGCAAGCUUUUGUAUAUCACAUUUCUCUCUCUCUCUCUCUCUCUCUCUCUCUCUCUCUCUCUCUCUCUCUCUCUCUCUCUCUCUCUCUCUUUCAAUUUUGUGACCCAUAUUAUUUCAUUUGAUCUAAGGUGAAUACUGCCAGUACUGCAUUAAUGGUGAUCUGCAGUGUGUCAUAAAUAUUAAGUUUGCAGUGCUGCGUAAGUGAUCUACAAUAGGAUGUUGUGCUAGACAGUUUGGUUUGUGUUGCCAUGAUGCUGAGGAUUCUGAUGGUCUCUGGCACCUCAUGCAUGACAUUCUCUCUCUCUCUCUCUCUCUCUCUCUCUCUCUCUCUCUCUCUCUCUCUCUCUCUCUCUCUCUCUCUCCAUAAAAGUAAGUACAGAAGUACAUCACCAAAACACAAUUUUUUUUUCUAGGAAGAGUAUACUGCAGGAAUAUUUAGAGAGCUAUGACAGCAACAUAACUUUAUUGCACUGUGGACUUGGUGACUGAGGCUUCAAGUGAAGGUGGCAAUGACUUGCUGCUUAUAUGUUGAGACACAGGGAAUUUUCUUACCCAUCUUGCUUUGCAGCUACAGUAUAUGUUUUCAUUUUAAUGUUAGAGUUAAAUAGCUUUUGUUGAUGUUUUGGACUGAAUUUGAAGUUGUAUGAUUUAUAUCUAAAAUAUUAUUUAUUAAUUGAAGAUUUUGUUUUAUGAUUACUGAAGUGUUUAUCAGAGGAAAGUACAGUGGAAGUCAGCAAAAUUUUCUGUAUGGGCUGAACAGCAUUCUUGUUUUUCCAGAAACUCCUCCUAUCUGGAGGAAUAUAUUCAAUGUUAUUCUUACAUAUUUUACAUCUCUCCCACUGAUAGGCAUUGUGUGAGUUUGGCUGUAGACAACCAGUGCUUGAUGGAUGUCAUGUCUGACAUGUAGAUGAGGUCCUUCCUUUAUCACGCCACUGUGCUGACACCUUCCUGUGUGGAGGACACAAGGUAGUGGUGGUUGCACCCCAUCAAAAUCCUUUCACUUUCCACUAAGCACUGAUUGUAUAAUUACAACUGUACUUAAAUAAUGCCCAAUAUGUAAUGGUGAUGUCAAAUAUCAAAUAUUUAAAUUGGAUUAUUAGAGAUGUUUUUGGCCAGAUGUCAGAAGUCUUAAGGGGAGUUGGAAUUAAAAAUUAUUUUGACAUUAAUAGAAAAUGUCAAUCUUUUGAGAACCAACUCUUGAAACUUCUGGCAUCUGGCUAAAAACAUCCCCAAUAACUUUACAUCUUCAUCUUUCCCUCCUUUAUUUUAUCCUGAUGGCACCACUGCCAUCUCUGUUUCUAAAGUUGAAUUCUUCUCUCAAAUCUUUGCUAAAGACUAUCUUGGAUGAUUCUGGGCUUAUCCCUCCCUCUCCUCCUCCCCCUCUGACUAUUUCAUGCCACUGAUUAUAAUUCUUCGCAGUGAUGUUUUCCAUGCCCUUGAAAGGCUUAUGGACCUGAUGGGGUCCCUUCUAUUGUUCUCAAAAUCUGUGCCUCCAUGCUUGCACCUUGCCUGGCCAAACUCUUCCAACUCUGUUUAUCAACUUCUAUCUUUCCAGAAGUUUGCCUACAUUCAGCCUAUUCCUAAAAAGGGUGACUGUUCUAAUCCCUCAAAUUACCACUCAAUUGCUUUAAUCUCCUGCUAGUCUAAAGUUUUUAAUCUCUCCUCAAUAAGAAGAUUCUCAAACAUCUGUCACUUCACAAUCUUCUAUCUGAUCACCUGUAUGGCUUCCGUCAAGGCCGCUUUACUGGUGAUAGUCAGGUUUUCCUUACUGAGUCUUCGUCAUCCUCUUUUAGAGAUUUUGGUGGAACUGCUGUUGCCUUAGACACAUCAAAAGCUUUUGAUAAUCUGGCACAAAGCUUUGAUCUCCAAACUACCCUCAUAUGGCUUCUAUCCUCUGCAAUUUAUCUCAAGUUUCCUAUCUGACCGUUCUAUUGCAACCAUGGUAAACAACCACUGUUCUCGUAAAUCUAUUAAACGGUGUUCUUCAGGGUCCUGUCCUGUCACCCAUCAAACUUCAUGCCCUAUCCACUCCUAUGCUGAUGAUAACACCCUACACUUUUCUCUCUUUUUGAUGACCAAGCUUUCAGGAAAUUAACUAUUACCGCAAGGACACCACAGAAUGUCUGACUUCUGACCUUUUUAGGAUUUCUGAAUGGAAAAGAGAAAACUUUAUAGUGUUCAUUGCCUCAAAAACUAAAUUUCUCUAUCUAUUAACUCAACACAAGCUUCCAGACAACUAUCCCCUCUUCUUCAAUGACACUCAUCUGUCCCCAUCUUCUACACUGAAUAUCAUUAGUCUGUCCUUUACUCAUAAGCUAAACUGGAAACUUUACAUCUCAUCUCUUACUAAAUCACCUAUGAAGUUUGCCAUUUUGAGGCAUCUCCGCCAGUUUUUUUCAUCCCCCACCCUCUCAACUGGUAACUCUGUACAUGGGCUUUAUCCACCCUUGUAUGGAGUACUACUCUCUGCAUUUAUGAGAGGGUUCUUACUCACACUGUUUUAUUUGAUAGGGGGAAUCAGAAGCUUUUCAUCUUAUCAAUUCCUUUCCUGUGCGAGUGACCUUGAUGGAAGCCAUACUGGCCAUUAGAUAGAACAUUAUGAAGUGACAUGUUCAGGAAUCUUCCUGUUGAGGAUAGAUUCAGACUUUAGACAAGGAAGAGAUUAAAGCUAUAGGGCAGUAGUUAGAGGGAUUAGAACUGUCACCCUUUUUAAGAAUAGGCUGAACGUAGGCAAACUUCAAGCAAGAAGGAAAGGUGUAUAUAUAUAUAUAUAUAUAUAUAUAUAUAUAUAUAUAUAUAUAUAUAUAUAUAUAUAUAUAUAUAUAUAUAUACACACACACACACACACACACACACACACACACACACACACAGUGCAUCAUAUAGAUAAUGGUGCUGGCUUACACUGUACAGUACUAAUGGUAUUGUAGACUGAUUUUGAGUGAAUUGCAAAUCUGUGAAGUAAGAAGCUCCAUGUUAGGUACAAUAAUUCUGAUGAAACAGCUGGCUAAUAUUUUGUUUGAGAUCAACCUCAUCAUUUAAGCAAAUAACACUGUACAUAUUUAUGAGUAGAUAAGUGAGUGGCAUGAAUUGCAGUGUAACCACAAAUCUAUUUUUCCGUUAAGUGAAACAAAACUGCAAGUCACUGGUAACCCACAAAAUCCUCUGCUUGCAAGUUUUACAACAAAGCAUGUUUCUUAUUUACUGUAAAUGUCAAUUUGAAACAAACUUACUCUCAGAACAAACACAUCACCAUGAUUCAAGAUGAUGACCCAAGAUCUUCCUUUCUGUUAUUCAUUUGAUAUUGCAACAUAAGGUAUUUAUUUCCCUACACACACACACACACACACACACACACACUGUACUUUUUUGAGUCCUAAUUACCAUAUGAUUUCUAAAAGAUUUUUUCCACAAAUUUUAAAUUUUACCUGAAUAAUUCUGACUGUAUAUUGGAAUGUUUCUUAUCUAUUGUACAAAUCCUGGAUUAUCCAGUUUGUAGCUUGUACAUAUAUAAAUUUGUAGAAUUUCCAAUGUGAGAGUAUAUAAUACAAAAUAUACAUGAGCUUUCUUAUGUGCGAUAUUAAUACUUGUACUGUUCUACAUGGCUAUUAAAAUGUUAUAGUACA